AAUCUCAUUACCCUCUUGGCCCUCAUCUCGCUACCCGCCGGAAAGCUGCUGGCCUGUCGAUUUUGCAAAACCCACCCCCGCCGCGCUGCACCAUGUCGUCUGGACCUCCAACAGCCACUCGUUGACUGGAGCGCACAGCAAUCAUUCUCAGACCACUGAAACACGCAGCCAGUCGGACGUGCAGCCAGGAAGGUCCCUGCCCGAAUUUAUGGGGAAAGCCCCAUCCGGGCCCCUCUGCGACCAAGCCCACAGGAGGCAGGCGGCCCGCUAGAGCAAGCAACCCAGACCACUGAAAGCUGACCGGCUGCUGUUUGAGCAAGUCGGCAUCCCACCAGAGCGCAGGCCUGCAGCUCCCAUCGGCGAGCUCUCGGUGCAGUCUGAGAGUCCGAGCCGCUAAAUGUCAACUCUUGCUGCUGCUGCCGCUGCCGCUGCUCCGGGCAGUGGCAAUGAUCAAGACAAUCCUGUCGAUCAUGCUGUCUCCGGCACGGAUAUACCAGCAGUUAACCAGAAUGCCGACUUCGACACGAGCAAUGACCAUGACGACGUCGUGCUAACCUUCUCUGACGUUCCCAGCGAAUUGGCGCAUCUCGAUGCUUUCGACUCGGAUCAGCAAAAUCAGCAACAAGAACAACAACACCAAGACACCACAAGCACAGCCCACACUAACAACAGCCACAUUGGCGACCCGCCAAAAAGCUCUCCCCCACAACAACAACAACAACACCAACAGCAGCAGCGGCAGCUCUCGGCCAGCAGCUCUCCCACCUCGACGCCCGCCCAUCGCGUAAGGAAACCCUCGCCGGGUCUUGCAGCGCGAUUAAAGGCCCUAGGCUUCGGUUCGACACGUAAAUCAAGUCCUCCGCCGCCCUCGACUUAUUUAGAGCCCGGUCGUCUCCCAGAAGAAGCUCUCAGGCGACUCGACCAGGAGCAUAUCGCCGGCUCCUCGCAUACCGUUGUCGAGCGGCGGGGCCGCCCCUGGAAGGGCAUCGUCCGCAUCUCAUCGAGGUCGAGCCUCAAGUCGGACAGGUCGCAAACGAGGACGGAACCCGAGGAGCCUGUCCCCGAAGAACCUGUCUCCGAGGUUACCAUUCCCGUUGCGAAGCCCGACCUUCUGCCGGAAAUUGCCACGUCCGAGCCGCUGGACAUGGACACAAACAAGUACCGUCUUCCCGACCAUACAAACGGAAACGGCGUCAAGGCCCAGCCGGGGACAAAGGAUGAGCACAUCGCGAGGGAUACUCGGCCACCACAGGCAUCCCAGGCACCCCAGACACCAGAGAUCCCGCCUCCGCCCCUUCCCAAAGAUACGCCACCACUAACACGACGCGGCACAAAUCCGACCACACCAACCGCCCGCGACUUUUUCAACCCUGACUCCAUCACAUUCAACCCCCUCGGCCUCCAGAGGGCGGGGUCCAUAUACACGUUAUCGCGAGCCUCGUUCGCGAACCAGCUUGCCCAGCUGACGUCACUACAGCUUCCCGAUGCCGACUCGUUGAGUAACAAGGUCUCGGCCAUCCCGACCGCCCAGGUCGCGACAAAGGCCUUGAUAGGCGCUGCCGAACAGAUCCGUGGCUGGAUAUACAAGGCUUCGGAAGUAAUAGGGGGCUUGGAAAGCGAUGACGACGUCGAAUGGGCCGCUGCCGGCGGCCGCGAAGGCGUCGAGGAGGUCGAGAACGCCAUCAUCCGCUUCGAGGAGCUGAUCAAGGUCUACGUCGGCGCCAUCGAGGACUUGCAGUGCCGAGAAGACAUUGCCUACGUCGCCGCCGACGAUCUCCGCAGGGCCGUUGCCCAGAUGGAGGCCAUCCUCGCCGAGUGGGGCAAGAUGCGCAACACGCUGCACAACGUCAAGGCACAAGUCGAGAUCGCCAUGGAAUGGGAAGAGCUAUGGAACAUGGUGCUCGGUGACAUCCAGAACGAGAUGGACGACCUCGCCAGGCUAGUCUUCGAGAUGGAAGAACGGCGCCACAAGUCGAUUCUAGGCGUGCCAACCGGCGACCCCGCCAUGGACAUUGGCGACUUGGAGACGAUAGUGGAGGACACGCCCCGGGCUCCCGCGCGGUUGCAGACCGCCAACAAUCGCUUCAGCGUGCCCGUGUUCCCCGUCAGCCCUACCUCGCCCUCGCCCAGCACGACCGGCAUCUCCCAGGACGACUCCAGCCUGCUGGCGCUGUUCGCAAGGAUGCAGCCUCUUAGGGCCUCGCUGGAUUUCCUGCCUAUGAGGCUCUCCGUUUUCGAAAACAGAGCUGACAGCAUAUUUCCCACCGCAUGCGAGGAGCUUGAAGUGCGGAGGUCGGAGCUGGAUUCUACUUACAAGAAGCUCGAGAAGGAUGCCGAAUCCCUGCGCAAGGAACUCGGCGAGGAUCGUUGGGUCCUCGUCUUCCGCGGCGCCGGACGGCAGGCCCAAAAGAUGUACGAGUCGGUCGAGAGGAGCGUGGCUAGGCUCCGCGAGGCCAUCGACACCGGCAUGCAUCUGACGAACCAGCCCAUCAUGAGCAAGAAGUUGGAGAGUUACGAGGCCAAGAAGACACACUAUGGCCCGGCCAUCGAGCGGGUGUUGUCCAUCAUCGACAAGGGGGUCAAGGACCGGUUGACCGUCAACGGCGAGAUUCUUCGUCUGCACGCCGAGAUGCAGGCCAAGUGGGAGGAGUUGAAAGAGAUCAUGGCGGAUAUGGAUGCCUCCGUCGAGGAGCUGCACGCCGACAGGAGGGGCCAGCAACUGCGGGAUUCCGUCUCGAGCAUGCUGUCCAACGACAUGUCGACUCUCGCGAGCGGCAACGAGACGCCUCAGAGCUCGCCCCCCUCUUCCGUCAUCAUGUCCUCCAUGGGCCUCAGCAGCUCAACUCACCUCAAAGCGCCCCCGCCGCGUUCCGCGAGCGCUAUGGGCCACUUUUCCACACCAGGCAACCGCAGACAGUCGUUGCUACCCACUCCAAAGAGCCAAGUGUCCCGGAAGCCCGUAGCCGCCAGGACGUCGACGUUGUCGGUUCCAUCCCGCGACGGCUCAGCCACGCCAACCGCGAACAGGAUGCCGCGUCCGUCUUCUUCCUUGGCCAACCGGCCGAAAUGGAACGCCUCCACCAACACAUCAGACGUCGGCACAGGGCACAACUUCAAGCCCCUCAGCCUCACCACCCCGAGCCCCUAUUCCAAGCGAUCCCCCACCCCAGUACGCUCCGGCUCCGGCUUAACGCCCUCCUCUACCACAUCCAAACUCCCAACCCUCCGCACCCCGCUCUCCCGCGGGGCAUCCACAUCGCCCAUCGACGAGAACACCCCCUCCAAAAGCGGGCCCCUCCUCUCCUUCCGCGACCGCAUCGCGUCAGGGCCCGACUCCCAACAACAACAACAACACCAAACCUUCAACCGACCCCGCCUCGCCUCCCAACCCUCCGCACCGGCCGCCUUCGCCAACAGACGCGCCUCCCUCCAACCCCCCAAACCAAUCGACCUCUCCCCACCCACCGCAACCACCCCUCGCAGACCCGCCAGCUCGCUCGCGUCCUCGCGCCGCGCCAGCCUGCUGCCCCAGCCGCGCACGUCCGGCACCUCUAUGGCGGGGGGGGCACCGCCGUCGGCGUCGCGGAGCGGCGGUCUCACCGGCCGCGAGAGCCCGCAGGCCGUCGCCGGCGCCCGCUUUGCCAUGCGCAAGGGCAGCACCAGCAGCACCAGCACCUCGGCUGCGGCGGCCGCCGCUAGGGGCGCGGUGGCUAGGGACUCGAGGCCCAGGUGGAGGGGGUAGGGCGGCCUCUUUGCUGGGUGGUUUUCGAGGAGGGUGUUGAGUUGAGGCGAUGGGGUGUAUCCCCUCCGUCUGACUGACCCGGCCGACCUAGGUAGGCCUGUGGUAUUGUGGGCAUUUUUUUCGGCGCUCGGGCGCGCGAGGUGUGUGUGUGUGUGUGUUCAGGGGUUUGGCGUCGCUUGGCGGUUGCCUUGGGUUGCCUUGGGUUACCUGGUGUUUCGGCGUCGGUUGCUGAGCUGAGCUGAG